AUGAGAACGAAACUCGUGAACGAAAUUCUGUUAUUUAUAUCCCGUGACAACUACAAGAUCUUGAGGAUCAAUUAUAAGAAGGCCAAAUCACCAGAGAUUGAGAUAUAUGAGUUUAAGUCUAAACUCUGGAGAAGUGUAAAUGCUACUCUCGAAUGCUAUCCACCGUAUGGAGCUGUGUCUUUGAAUGGAGACAUGUAUUGGAUUUCUCAAAAGAAGAAGAUGGUUGACAAGAAAAACGAAAUGUUCAUCCAAAGUUUUGAUUUUUCCACAGAAACAUUCAAGCCCAUAUGUUGUGUUCCAAAUGGAAUUUAUGUGAGUUCUGGUAAAAUAGUCUUCUUGUCAGGUUUCGGAAAAGACAGGCUUGCUUUAUUAACAGAACAUGAACAUGUGAAGAUUGAUGUGUGGGUUACAAGCAAGUUAACUGAUGAUGGGAUUGUCUCGUGGAGCAAGUACUUUGAUGUAUCUCUCCGGCAUGAUCCCUCAAAAGUAAGCUCCAUAUUCUUAACAGCUUUCAUCCUCAAUAAGAUCAUGUUAUUGUACGAAGAAAAAGAUGACAGGAAUAUCUACACCAAUGUCUACGAAAUGGGUGAUGAGGGUGAGAUCAAAAAACAAGUUGAGAUGACAAGACGAUUUAGAUCGGGUGAUUAUAGCUUUUGCAGUGUCUAUGUUCCAAGUCUAGUUCCUGUUCCAGAAUAA